AUGGCUGAGCAGCUGCCACCACCUCCCACCCUCCACCCUGGCGCCCGGAGCAGCAUGGCUCAUGGAGAGCUUGUCCAGGACUCUGGUCUCCCGGUAGCUCCAGGUGGAGGCUGUGGCCAUGCCCAUACAAGAACCCAGAGGCUCCUGAAAAGCCAACUUUACCCAGGGUUUGAAAAAGCACCGCUCAGAAACACCUAUGCUGUUGUUUUCUUCCCGUCUCUCAUUCCAGAGUCGGCUCAGGGAGCCACGGCUCCGAGCAAGUGUCUGUUUAGCCUGGAGCUGGAUCCAAACUCUGGCUUGCUUCCUCCUCUGUCCCAGGCUUGCUCCGGCCUGCCAAAGCCCUGUAUGGAAGGUGAGAGAAGCCCAGCCCCCCGAGAGAAGGGCAGAGACUCCCCCUUUGCCUGGAGCCCCGGCCCCAGCUCCAGCUUCGCCGACCCUGACUGGUUUUGGGAUGAGAACAUCCAAGCAAAGAGGGCCAGGGUGGAGACCAUCGUCCAAGGCAUGUGCCUCUCUCCUCACACUCCGGCUCCGGCGCCCGGCAAGGCCCGAGCCAGGGACGGCGCCUGUUGCCCAGGGAAGGCCCGGGAGCGGAAGAGGAAGCAGAGCCUUCCCAUGCAGCAAGGCCCCCUGAAGCCAGGCCCUGCCGGGGACCACGGCAGCCGGAAAGGGGGCCCUCGGGUAAGAGAACAGCUCCAUCAGCUGAAGCAACAGCUAAGACAUUUACAAAAGCACAUCCUGAGGGCUGCUGAGCCCAGGGACACAGCCCAGGACCCAGGGGGCUCCGAGACGGACAAGGGCCCUCUGAGGGCACAGCAGAGGAAUGGUUAUGGACAUAGGCCCCGGGCUCUGGACAGUGACCACUACCAGGGUUCCCGUGGGGAUCACCCCAAGGAGGAAAAGCCCAGAGCCUCUGAGGCGGAACACCAGUCUGAGGAGCCCAGUUUCCUUCCCUGUGGAACACAGGCUUUGCUGGAGAUUCUGAGGAAAGAACUGACCGGGGCAGUGUCCCAAGCUGUGGACUCAGUAUUACAAAAGGUACUGUUGGAUCCACCAGGCCACCUGACUCGGCUGGGCAGAAGCUUCCAGGGGCUUGUGCCAGAGGGGAGAAGUGAGCCCUCACCUCCUGAGAGAGGCGCCUGUAAAGACCUAUUUCCUCUGGCCACGUUGCCCAGGAGGGCCCAGCCACAGACCGGGGUCCUGUCACAAAACUUCUCACUGGCCAAGUCUCUGGACCCUCCCAGGUACCCUGUCUCUCUGAGGAUGAUCCCCACACCCUAUCAGGGUCCCCCAGCAAACUGUCCUUUGACUGCGCCUUCCCACAUCCAGGAAAAUCAGACUCUUGGCCAGCUGCUGGGUCACAGACCCAGUGGUCACUGGAGCAGCAGUCUUCCCCACAACUCAACUCCCCAAAGUCAUUGCUCCUCAGAGUCCGGCCUGCGACCGUGGGGAGCGGUCAAACUGCGGCCAUCGGUUCUGAGCCAGCAGCAGUACGCCUUGCCCUUCGCUUCCCCCCGUCUGGAAAGACUGCCCGUUCUUCCCUCGGUGAAGAUGGAACAGGGCGGCCUGCAGGCUGUCCCCGAUGUGCUGCCUUUUCCUUCAGUCCACAUCCAGGAGGGCCUAAAUCCUGGUCACUUGAAGAAGGCCAAACUGAUGUUUUUCUUCACACGCUACCCCAGCUCCAACCUCUUGAAGGCUUACUUCCCCGAUGUCCAGUUCAACCGCUGCAUAACCUCCCAGAUGAUCAAGUGGUUCAGCAACUUUCGGGAGUUUUAUUACAUCCAGAUGGAGAAAUUUGCCCGGCAAGCGACUACAGAUGGUGUCACAAAUCCCAAGAUGCUGGUGGUACUCCGUGACUCAGAGCUUUUUCGAGCUCUCAAUAUGCACUAUAACAAGGGAAACGAUUUUGAGGUCCCAGAUUGCUUCUUGGAAGUUGCCAGCCUGACGUUACAGGAGUUCUUCAGGGCUGUCUCCGCGGGGAAAGACUCAGAUCCUUCCUGGAAGAAACCCAUUUAUAAAAUUAUUUCGAAACUGGACAGUGACAUCCCAGAGAUAUUCAAAUCUUCCAGCUAUCCCCAGGAGCUGUUUCGGAAUUAA